AGGACAGGUAAAGCAAGAUUCUGAAGAAGGCGUCGGUGCUGCUAAGUCGCUGGCCAACCGCACAAUCCAAUUUGCCUCGUCAAGCGCACAGCGCCCUACCACCUCAAGUCUCUCGCUCCAAACCCAACACACAAUUAGCCAUGGGCGACAGUGCCGGCGUCAGCGUUAACGGACAAUAUCCUCCGAUCCAGGAGCUGGCCAAGACGGCCCACAUCAAGAACUUCGAGCAAUAUGAGGCCAUGUACAAGCGCUCGCUCGAGGAUCCGGAGAAUUUCUGGGGUGAGCUGGCCCGCGAGAACCUCGACUGGUUCCGCGACUUCGACCAGAGCGUUGUGGGCACCGUCAACAAGGGCGAUGUGGCCUGGUUCCUCAAUGGCCAACUCAAUGUGAGCGUCAACUGCAUCGACCGUCAUGUCAAGAAGCACGCGGACAAGGUGGCCAUCAUCUGGGAGGCAGACGAGAUCGGCCAAGGUCGAGAAAUCACCUACACGGAGCUGCUGGAGGAGACGUGCCGCGUGGCCAACGCCAUGAAGCACGCUGGUGUCAAGAAGGGCGACACUGUGGCCAUCUACAUGCCAAUGAUCCCGGAGAUCGCCUUCGUUAUGCUGGCCUGUACGCGUAUCGGCGCCGUACACAGCGUCGUAUUCGCUGGCUUCUCGGCCGACGCUCUGCGUGACCGUCUUAUUGACGCAAACACCCACUGGGUCUUCACCUCAGACGAGGGCAAGCGUGGCGGCCGUACGCUCCCACUCAAGCAGAUUGUCGACGUUGCAGUGGACGGCCUGGACUUUGUACGCAACGUGUUUGUGUUCAAGCGUACUCACAACCCAGAGGUGAAGAUGAACCCCAAGAUCGAUGUGGAUAUGGACGAGGAGAUGAAGCGCCACCGUCCGUACUGCGCUGCAGAGUUCAUGAACGCUGAAGAUCUCAUGUUCAUCCUGUAUACGUCUGGAUCCACUGGAGCUCCCAAGGGUAUUGCCCACACGACGGCCGGGUAUCUGUUGUACGCUAUGAUCACGUGCAAGUACACGUUCGACCUGCAGCCUGAUGACAUCUACGCUUGUGUGGCUGACGCUGGGUGGAUCACUGGCCACAGCUACAUUAUCUAUGGUCCACUGGCGAAUGGUGUCACCACGCUCAUGUUCGAGAGUACACCGAUGUACCCGGACCAUGGCCGCUACUGGGAUCUGAUCCAGCGUUACAAGGUGACCAAGUUCUACACUGCUCCGACCGCUAUCCGUGCGUUGAUGGCUCGUGGCAACGAUAAGAUCAAGGAGUACGACUUGUCCAGCUUGAAGAUCCUCGGCAGUGUCGGUGAACCAAUUAACCCGGAGGCGUGGAAAUGGUACUACGAAGUUGUCGGUAACCGCCAGUGCUACAUCGCUGACACUUACUGGCAGACCGAGACCGGCGGACACAUUGGUGUCGGCCUACCUGGAGCUACUCCGAUGAAGCCUGGUUCGUGCACCAAGCCGUUCUUUGGCAUUGAUUUCGUGGUUACUGACGAGAACGGCAAUGAGAUCAAGGGCAACGACAUCGAAGGACAGCUGUGCAUCCGUAAGCCGUGGCCGGGCAUGGCUCGUACGGUAUACGGCAACCACAACCGUUACCUGCUGACGUAUAUGUCGACGCACAAGGGUCUGUACUUCACGGGUGAUGGCUGUCGUCGCGACAAGGACGGCUACUACUUCAUCACUGGCCGUAUUGACGACGUGCUGUAUAGUCUUCGAAGCUUCGGAUUGUUCCGAUGGGGCGAAGAAGGCCAUCUCGAAUGCGCUUUCAUUCUUCUUAUGAUGUUGAUGCGGAAACUUCCAAAGAAGCUGGGUGAAGUAGACAAUUUCGACGAGCGUCUGACGCGUUCUGUGUUGGUAUGGCAGCGAUUUGAACAAUUCGUGGCGUUCUACCGUCGAGUGAAAUCGAUUGCUUAG